UUUUAAAAAGCUUUAGAUUGUUUGGGUAUUUAAUAAGCUAUGAAAAUUCAAUUAAAAAGUGAUCAUUUAGUGUAGUGUGAGAAUUCUGGAAGUAGCCAGAAGAAGUAGAAGAUCAAAGAACAGAGGGGAAUCGGAAAAAAAAAGCCGGUUAAUCGGCGAUCAUAGUGUCGGAGACUUGAAGAUAUUUUCUGGGGUUUUCAUAUUUUAUUGUUUUUGUGGGAAAGUGGGGGGGCUUUAUUACUUUUUGUAUGAGAGUUGUUGGAUUUUGAUUGUUUCUGCUGAGAACAUUGAGGAAAGCCAUGGGUAGAUCAUUCAAGGAUUCACUCAAAGCUCUGGAAGCUGAUAUUCAGCUCGCCAACACUAUAGCAUUAGGCCAUCGCAGGGAGCUCGAUGGAGCGUGUAUUCAAAUGAGACUGGCCUACAGUCCAGCUUCGCAAUUCUGUCUUUUUCUCCUUCAAUGGUUUGAUUGUAAGGUUGCUGGUGCGCUUGGGCUGCUUGAAGUUCUUGUAUAUAUGGCGUAUGCUGAUGGUAAAACGUCUAUGUACAUUAAGGAAAGGAGAGCCAGCAUUCGAGAAUUUUAUGAGAUAAUUUUCCCGUCACUGCAAAUCCAAAGAGGGAUUACUGAUUUCGAUGAAAUGAAACAGAAAGAAAUAUGUUCGCUCCGGUAUUCGACCAAAGGGAAGCUUUCUGAAAUUGAAUUGGAAAGGGAAGCGGAAUGUGGAAUCUGCUUGGAACCUAAUAGCAAAGUUGUUUUGCCAGACUGCAGGCAUUCGCUCUGCUUAAGAUGCUUCCAGGAAUGGCGCAGCCGGUCUCAGUCAUGCCCCUUUUGUCGAAGCAAUCUCAGACGAGUAAACUCGGAUGACCUUUGGGUAUGCGUGGAGAAGAGUGAAACUGUGGAGCUACCUCUAAUUUUAAGGGAGGACUGGAAGAGGCUGUAUAGGUACAUCGAAAAUCUACCAAUUAUCCUCCCAGACCCGCGGUUCACUCCCUAUGGUUCUCACCUUCGGUGAGGCAGCGAGAGUGGAUUGAAUUCUGUACAUAAUUUUCUCGUAAACAAUAUCAACAACAACAGCUUCACUAUCCUGCUCUGUGAAUCCCUGUUUCUAUCUUUGCAGUUUCUCAAGUCAUUUAGUUAGUAGUAAUAGCUAGUCAAAACAUUGAUUUGCUGGUUCUUGAAAUGUUGUUUUUUGUGGCCAUUUCACUUUUGGGAUUCUGUUGUGUCAGCACUGAAAUGUACAUAAAUUCAUAUUUAC